CGUCUCCUCCCUGAAACCUCUGCUGCUGCGACCAUCCAUCCAUCCCUCUGAGCCACAUUGGGCUGAGAGAGGAAAAGGAGACAGAGACAGACAGACAGAGAGGGAGAAAGUCAAAGAGAGAGAGAGAGAGAGAGAGAGAGAGCAUCACCUAGACUACCUGCUCCAUCCAGCACAACAAGAGGAGGAGAGGACGCACAAGUGCAGGCGCGUCCAUGCGUGCCAGCCAGCCGAACAAUAAGACAAUAAGCCAAGAGGAGGACCACACAAAUCCAAUCAUUGGAAUAAGAGUUGAUCUUGAGAGAACUCUCUGGAAAAAAAGAGCGCAGCUUUUGCCACCACAAGAACAGCCUAAAUGAGUACAUGGUAAGAAGAAGAAGAAGUCAUGCAUCUCAACAGAGAAGAAGAUAACAGCAAAGGCUCUGUGUCUCUCAGUGUGUUCCUGGUGUCUGUUGCAUCCGUAGUUUGUGCCGUUUGGCUGGUAGCUCUGUGUGGCGUCUGCACCUGGUGUCAACGUAAACUGGGUAAGAGGAAUAAGCCCGGGGUGGAGGCUGCCAGCUCUCCAGAUUCUGUGAGAGGUCGAGGGGAAAAUAAAGCCAUCAACCACAGUGAUCUGGACAGAGACUUUUGGAAUAACAAUGACAGCAGCAACGUGCAACAGAGGUGGAGCUCCUACCCGCCCAAGGAGUUCCUCUUAAACAUGUCUCCAUAUGCCCCCUACGGAGACCCUCGCCUCACGCCCAAUGGGGCCGUGGAUAAGGGUGGGCAUGGCGGUGCUGGACCCUCGCCGGGGGCCAGUGACAGCGGGGGUGGUGCUUGCUCUGGGUCUGGGGCGGGGCCCAGUCGCAGUGACAGCGUUCGAAGCAUGCUGACGGGGGGCAGCAAGGCCGGGCGCUGGCAGACGGUCCAGAGCCACAUGCAGGCCGGAGGCCUGCGGUUUGGCAAUUUCGGGGACGCCUCCCUCUCGUCUGCCUCCACCCUGGAGCACAUCCCGUCCUCGGCUGUGGCGCGCCCUCGGCCCUUGGUCCGGCAGCAGAGCCUCCAACAGCCCCUCACCCACCAGCCCCCUCCGGGCCCCAACGACCCCCCGGUCACCUCACAGAGCCUGGGUCAGCUGCACACGGGCCCAGGCGGCGGGGGCCACCGCGGGGGUCCGCGCGGGGUCCGGGGGAGUCCGGCUGGAGCCUCCCGGUGCAGAGGAGCGGGGGGAGCGGGUCGAUCGAGGUCAAAUCCUGGUAGCUGGGAUCACAUGAUGGAGCAGAUCCGCCACAGAGGGCUGGACGUCAAGUCCUUCUUCGAGGGGAAGAUGGUUGUUCUGUCUCUAGCAAUCGGCCUGGCUGAACAGGAUGACUUUGCCAACCUCCCAGAUCUACAGGAAGCUCCAGCAAGCCAUGAAAACGACGACACACCAGAAAAGAGGACUCCGGGUAACAAAGCAGGCAGCAGCCCCAGAGGUCAGACCCCAGACGAGUCCGGACGCCGCCACGAUGCCAACUCCUCUGUUUCUGACUUGGCCAACUCCGUCACCAGUGACAUGCUCAUGUUGUCUCCAGGUUCGGAGGAAGAUGACCACGAGGGUCCGGUGUGUGAGAAGCUGGGUCGUAUUCAGUUCAGCGUUGGAUACAGUUUUCAGGACUCCACCCUCACUGUCAAAAUCCUCAAGGGCCAGGACUUGCCUGCGAAGGACUUUUCCGGCACCUCCGAUCCAUUUGUCAAACUCUACCUGCUGCCAGACAAGAAGCACAAACUGGAGACCAAAGUGAAGAGGAAGAAUCUGAACCCCCACUGGAACGAGACCUUCCUGUUUGAAGGGUUCCCCUAUGAUAAGGUGGUCCAGAGGACUCUAUACCUGCAGGUCCUCGACUACGACCGCUUCAGCAGGAAUGACCCCAUAGGAGAGGUGUCCGUACCCCUCAACAAGCUGGACCUGGCCAACAUGCAGACUUUCUGGAAGGAGCUGAAACCAUGUAGUGAUGGCAGCGGGAGUCGAGGGGAUCUGCUGGUGUCUCUGUGCUACAACCCCACAGCCAACACCAUCACUGUGAGCAUCAUCAAAGCCCGCAACCUCAAAGCCAUGGACAUUGGAGGCACUUCUGACCCCUAUGUGAAACUGUGGUUGAUGCACAAGGACAAGCGCGUGGAGAAGAAGAAGACGGUGGUAAUGAAGCGCUGUCUGAACCCGGUUUUCAACGAGUCCUUCCCCUUUGACGUGCCCGCCCACGUUCUGAGGGAGACCACCAUAAUUAUCACCGUCAUGGACAAGGACAGGCUCAGUCGCAAUGAUGUCAUUGGAAAGAUUUACCUCUCAUGGAAGAGCGGCCCUGCAGAGGUAAAACACUGGAAAGACAUGAUGGGGCGUCCUCGUAAUCCCGUGUCCCAGUGGCAUGCUCUCAAGGCCUGAGUGACCCAGCCACCAACCUGCCUACAGUGUUUCCUCCCUCAGAUUCAGCAUCAGCCUCUCAGCCCCCCCGCCCUCAGCACAUAACCCUCGACUCCCUAACUGCAGUCUUGAGCUGCAGACAAUGUGUGUCAUCUCUUUGUUCUCAGGCUUCUUUGAUAUCCUCCGCCCUCACCGUUCCUUAACUCUUACCCUCGUCAAGUCCUGAUUCCCACCUGACCUCCCCAACCCCCGUCUCAUCUCUUUGUCUGAACUUAAUGUCUUUGAUGUCUCACUUCCUCCUUGUGACCUCUUUCUAUGAGAUUUUUUUUUUUUUUUACUCCUCAGUCCUUUUCCUCCACAUUGUCGACCAUUCCCAGUGUUAAACACCAGAGCAGCACCUUUUGCCACCCAUGAAUACAAACUACCAACCAAAAACGGAUAUUCCUUCCAUCCUCUGUGGCGGGCUGCGUUCAAACAUGUACCCGAGUGUGAAUGGCACUGACCUGUGCGACCCAUUUACCACCUUCAUCUGGUGUCGCAGUGAGUAGUCUUCUAAUCUGCUCCUCGCCUCUUCGUUCACGUCUUCUUCCGUUACUGUCACUGUUCCUCCUCCAUACCCAUAAAAAUGCCUGAAACAUCAGGAAAACCGACACAGGCAAUGGAAGAGUGAUGGGCCGUAUUUAAGAUGGAAUUGAACUGGACUCUUGUCGCUCAACUCAUGUUUGAUCUUUUUUCACUUUUCACUCUUUCUCUGGCACCACUGUAAUAAUUCUCCCUUGGCUGGAACCCUUCGUUGUCUGUGCGUGCUGUGGGUGAUGUGCUGUAAACCCCAAAUGAAGUUCUUCAACAACAAAAAAAAGGAUAUGAACAUUUAACGCUGGUCCAUUAGGUCAAGUGUCAAGAAAAAAAAAAACGUUUUUCUUUGGAAAGAAAUCCCGAUGGACAGGAAAAAAGAGUAAAAUGAUUAAUGUUGUGUUUUCCUUUUUGUUUUUUCAAAAACCUGUUCUUCCAGACACUGAAAAUAAGCAAAAAGCCAGCUUCCAUGUGUGUGUGUGUGUGUGUGUGUGUACGUGUGUUUGUGUGUGUGUCUGCGUGUGCGUGUGUGAGUGUGAAUGAGGGAGUAUUUUGGACUUGAACAGCUAAAUUAAGAUAUUGUUGAAAACAGCCCUUGAUAACGAUGAUGAAAAUAUGGUAUUGUUAGAAUUAGUGGUGUUGAAGUUAGCUGAAGGCGUGGGGAGGUCACUGAGGUUAAAGGGUCAGUCCACCUAAAACAAAGACACACACACACACACACACACAGUAUUUUCUAACGUACCCCUGGUAGUAUUAAGCCAGGCAAAUAGUUUCAGAUGUAUAGCUAUGUUGUGGGUUUGAUCUUCUGAAAUCGCUGCUGCCACCCCAAAUACAAAGGAGAUAAUUAGGAUUUCAUUGUGGCGCUCACUGCAUUUGAAAUUGCUUUUGAAAAAUUCAACAGCAGCUUGUCUCUCCAGAAACAAUGUUCUGGUUAAUCGGAUAAUCCACAAACAUCUCAGUGAAUGGUUUUCACUGGGACAGGGUGAAAUCGGUGAAAACUCACGACAACCUCCGUCACGGAAACUAAAACUGAAACUUCCUGCAUGGCUUGAUGUCACUAAUGAGCAAGACAUGCUCUAAAACAAAUCUUAACUCAAGGUCCCCUUACUAGCUUUUCUUAAUGCUUGUGUUUUUUCAACCACAUUUCACAGUUUGCUCGGUUGAGUCCUUCACCUGUUGGUGGUAAACAGACUGUUCAACCCCCCACCAAUGAACACCAAGCCCAAAACUUCAGUGAUGGCAUCAAAACACCCUGAGGAAGACCAAACUAAAAUCAUUGGAAGCAAGGGCCCCACAACUGGUUAAUUUUGAUACUGCCAGGAAUUUAAUAGAAGUCUGUCAUUCUUCCACCCUGAGAUCUUAGAUUCAACUCAGCAAACUCGAUGCCAGCCCGUUCUCAUUCCCAGGGCGUCAAAUACCGAGGCUUUGUCACAGCUGUCGGCGUGUGAUACCACAGCACAAGGCACCCUUUAGUGCCUGUAUGAAACGCACCGGGCUUUACAUUAACUACAGUGUAAACCCAUCCGCGGCAACAGAAAAUGCACAGAGAAAGUGUGCCGGGAUUGUGGUGACGUAGUGUUGAGAGCGAAAAGGCACACAUAGGGUGGGAGGGGAGGUAGAUGGGUCAUCCGGGAGACCGCUGUUCAUGUCUUGUGCAUUAAGUUUCACUUUCACUUUACAAACGUAGUAGUUUUAAGCCAAACCAUGUAGUUCUUUCCUAAACCUAACUACAGUGGUUUUGUUGCCUAAUCCUAAAGUGACUCCAAGGGGCAUGACAAAGCGGCAGUAUGUGACGAGUUGGGAUGAGAACGUGUUGUAGCUGCAGUUUAAAGGAAAAAGCUUGAAAGUGGACCUUUAGUUUAGGGUACACUCAAUAUUUGAUGAUUCGGGUGAACUGACAAUUUAUGUACGUAGGCACGAAAUGGCUUUGUUAGGAUAUCAGAUGGUAAUUGGUUGAGAAAUCAGAUGUAGAUUAAAUAAAUUAAUCUAAAUUAACUAUCCCUGCCAUGUAACAAUGUGUUUAUCAGCUGCAUUAACCUGUGCAUCAAACCUGGAAUAGGCAUUACAAAACACUAUGAACCUUUUCUUUUUCAUUUUUACAGAGCACUAUGAGUCAAAGGUCGAUAUUAGACCUGAUUUUUAGGGUUUUGAACCAAGUACAAGUCAGUCUUCCAGUUGUUUGCUUCACUGCCUGAACGUGACCUCCCCCAAUACCUCCCAUAUAGACAUUUAUGAAACAUAUGAAAGAGGGAAAAAGUCUUUUAACAUUCCACUGUCCGUUUUUGUCUACUGGAUGUGUGUAUGUGUGUGAGCGUCAAUAUUUGAGCUUUAGUUUGUGUGAUUGUAUUUCCUGUGAGUCCCUCUGUGUGUAUAUAUAUCUGCACUGAGUUCUAUUUUGCCAGUUUAAUACAGAACAACAUUGUUUACCGUUUUUAUUCUGUAUGAAACAAACCAGAUGUACAAAGGAAAAAAUAUGUUUUUUUAAAAGUUGUCACUUCUUUAAGAAUCACUGCACUUGUUGACGAUGCUGGAACAAACCUCUCUUCAUAGCAGGGUUAUUUAUUCUCCUAAUGAGUGGUUUAUUAAAAGGACGUUUGGUUUGGGAGGGAGGCAGAUCUGUCAUACGUGAGCUGAGAGUGAAGGUCAAAGGAUAAAAUGUCACAAACAAGCUUUACAACAGAUAAAACCUGUUUUCUUUUACAUAAUUUUUAGUUCAGACAGAAGCAGCUACCAACAUUUUGUCCUAUCUGUCCUUCCGAUCUGAUUCACCGAGACCAAAAAAAAUGAAGGGUGACGUUCCCCCCCAAAACACCCCCGCCGUGCACACAUGCUUUCUGGCACAAAGUGUCCUGUGUGUGCCUUAUAAACCCGCCACGCCGUGCUCUUCACCAUAUGUGCUCCCCCUCUCCAAGUGUCAGGUAGUGGGGGAGGGAAAAAAAGGUGAGACAGGAGAUAAUCAUCACCUCUUUGCAUUACUGUUAGCUACGUCUCAGGUCAGAGCAGAGCAUCGGAGCAUCCCAAAAUAACCAGGAACACAGUCGUCUGUGUGUCCUGACGGCCCUGUGUGUGAAACAAGGCUUUACAUUCCAAAGGCUUCAGUGAAAGUCACUUUAAUCAAUGCAACUUAUAUAUUGGUUAACAGUCAGGGUUUGGUAUAUUUUAGUUGUAAGAAAUCGAGCUAGAUGUUUGAUGUCUACACUCUUCACUGGCCAAACACCAUAAACUGGUAAAUUUCACUGGACAAGCUUGUAUUUCUGAUUUAGGGCAUUCUCUUGGGGGACUGCUUGAGACAAAGAGAGGUUAACCAGCAACAUUUUAAUUUAUAUACUGUACAAAUGAUUGUGAAGUGUCCUGUAUGAAAAAAAAAGAAAGAAAAAAAAUCAUCAGUAUUUACUGGGGUUGUUGAUAUCUGUCUGUCGUUGGUAUCACUCAGCCCCCUCUUUCACUCCCUCUUCUCUUUGUAGUUACACAUCCGUGGGGUGCACAAUGUUAAAUAUCAACCAUUUAUUUUUUUGAGAUCUGUACAGUGUAUAUAAAAAAUAUAAAUGUGUAUAUAAAACAAAGAUA